AUGCCUGCAAAGACCCGCGAGUAUUACAUGACGACAAGUUCAAACCGAGACUUUACCUGGUUCUUCUUCAGACCUGCCGCUCCCCAGCCGCCGAAGCGUACGCCAAAACCGCCGCCGCCCAGCAAAGUCCCCCAGAUUCAUCUCGAGAAGAUGACACCAACGCCUGAGGGACUCGGACAGGCACUCAUGACCCCUGCCCAUGUCAAAGCGGGAGGCAUAGCCAGGCCUGUAUCCAGCAAACCGAAGAAGCCAAGCUCGAAAAGGACAGGAGCCAAGAACGGAAGCCCAUGGUCGGAAUGGUACUUGAGCGAUGAUGGCAACUACUUCUGGCGGGCAAGAGAAGCCCGGAACCAAACCUGGGAGUAUCAGUUCACUCCAGGCUAUCAAGAACCCGUCCCAAGCCAAGACAGCACGCCAACAACAUCCAUCGGCGAGCUCAACCGACCUCUUUCUCCUAUUCAAGAAAUGUCCCUAGGAAGCCCGAACCCCAGCCUUCUCGAAGACCCGACUUCUCCAAAGAGCUCCUGGCCAACAAUAAUAACAACCUCGACCGGCAACCCAACCGAGGACAUGUCCGCUUCCAGUGGUAGGACCCUAGUCACUCUUCCCAGAGAGGUGGAAGACGGCAACCAGGUUGUAACAACACUUGCACCGCUUCCCGAGACAACCAAUGCCUCUCACACCACCAACAACAACGCCAUCAAAAGAAACAACACGAAAAGGCCAGUUGGUCCCGUGAUGCGUCUGCUCCAGGAAAGCCGCAGCCGCAAAAACCGGGCCAAAACGGAGGCAACCAAAUUCACGCUCAACAACACCCCAGUGACGACUGACAGUCCACAGCAAGGGGGAAACCACACCGGCAACGGAAGCGCACCCGCGGUCAAAAACAAAAUGGCAUUGGCACUUGCGAAGAAGCUGCAUGCAAGGGUAAAGUCAGAAAAGGAGCUCAGGGUGGAUCCGAAGAAGCGGGUUAAGACGUGGCUCAAGGGAGUUGAGCUUGAUCUGGAGCCGAUACCGUUGGAUGUGGAGGGAUUUCCUAUUUAUCGAUGA